AGCGACUCAACAAGGGCUGGAUACAAAUAUGUGUGAAAAUGGAAAUCCGAAGAUGGCAUUGCUUUGUUUUUAUUAACUUUGCUCUGAUUUUACCAUUUGUGGCCGCUAAAUCGUUUUCGAUAAACGAAGCACUUGCAGCGGAAUCCAAGCUCAAGAAAAGCAGAGACACGCCGGCGCAUUCCCAAGUGUCAGCUGAAACAAACACGAGGUUCUCCUUGAAUAAGGCUCUAACUUCAGAUCCUACACGCAAAUCAAGAAAGUAUAAAAGAGGUUCAAUUCUCUCGGACAAGUCGCCGUUGAUAAAAUCAAGGAAUAUAUUCCAAAUCGGAAGCUCGAGACUUAAGGAAUUGCUCAGUUCUUUGCACAAACGUAGAACUCCAUCUAAGAAACGCGAGAUAUACAAAGAUGAUAAAAUCGACGAGAAAUAUUUCCCACUUUUUAAAAAUUUGGGUUUGCUAUUCGACAAUCUGCUCGAGUCUGAGUCACGGGAUUCCUACGAAGUUAGCAAACACAAACAUAAGCGGUACAAAUUCAAAGGUGACGGGAAGCGUGGAGUCGUAUGCUCGUGCGCUGUCAAAUCUGAUUCCGACGCAGGAGAAACACGAUCGCAUAAGAAGGCAGUUAUUUCUGCCGAGGCUUUCGCCACUGAGGGGCCGACUGCUACCGCCGCGGCAGCCGCUGAUACUGCCGCUGCUGACAUCAGCGGUCUCGGACCGGAUAAGAACAUACCCUUAUUACUUCCAAGAGAUCCCUUUGGCGGUCGGGGAGACGAUCAUGGACACAGUGAGAGAAGCGGCCCCACACUUCACCGAAACGCUCAAAGAAAUCUCGCCGGGGAUAUUAGAAAUCGUAAACAUCCUCCCCGAAACAGAAAAUACAAAGCCGAUGCAGAAAAUGAUGAAGAAAAUCCCGACAGUCAUACACGAGACGAUGCAAGUGGCUCUGAAUCAAGAGAACGAAGUCGAGGAGCUCCCGAUGUUUCGAACGUUAGAACCGCUUCAAAUGAGAAAAAACCCCAAAAAAGUAAAAAAGCCCACAUUUUUGGAGGAGCCUUCGAACUUCCAAGAAAAGUUCAACUCAAAGAUAGAAGAAACGAGACUGAAAGCGAAGAAUUUCUACCAAAAUAUAUUCGAGGAAUCAGAGGAUUUGUAUCCGAGAAUAAAAUCGAUGAUAUCACAGAGUCCAUACAAUCCGAAGAAGAUUAUAAAGAAAACUUCGACGACGUCGCUAUCUCUAGCGCCGAUGAUAAACGAAUCGCUAGCGGAAGUGGCGAACCUUCCACAGAAGCUCAAGAAAUUGGUCCAGGACAUGAAACAAUGACCUUCAAAAAUGAUUUAGGCGAUAUUAUUGAUAAUCUUAAGACUGAAAGAAAAUCAAAUGUUAAAAUGCCAUCCGUUACCAUUAUUGAUGGAUACAGUGUUGCCAGAGAUAAAAAUGGUCAGAAUAAAUUGUCAGAGAAAAGCAUCCGCAUUCAUGGGUGAUGUGAAAUUGUGUUUUACUCACAUUUAUGCUUAGUUCACGUUAAAAUAAUUAUAUGAAAUAAUAAAUAGCAUGUAA